AUGGGGAAAUGUAGUUGGGAUACUGGCAUGGAGGCACAGAUCUUCAAGGCAUUCGCCACGAUAUGGGGUACGAAUCACUCGUCUCGUUGUAUUGAAUAUCCGUCUGCCAAACCAAAAACACAAGCCUGCUCAAAAGUCAUGGCCCCACGUGGACCAGUCUCCGUUCCGUCGCGGGCUCCACUGUAUUCAGGGCAAUAUCAAUCUAAGCCAUGCGGGUCCCGACGAUGGAUCCCUCAUGGUGUUCCCGAGGUCGAACACAGUAACCAAGAAUUUCUUCGAUACUGA